AUGGCACCAAAGGUUAUUAGAGAAGAUUUAGUCGUACCGUACGUAUUAGUUUUGUUUUGAUAAAGAUAUAAUUGCACUUCUAUACGAAGAAAUGAUACUAGGAAUAAUGAACUAACAUAAUCAAUAGAUACAAGCAUGUACCAGCUAAGGCCCGUUCUGAAGCUUCUGGAAUGGUAGCACAAUCAUUGCCAAUGGCAGCUAUGUUUAUGAAAAAUAAAUUGUUAUCGUGGACGUCAUUAUUUUUGGCUAUACAGUCGUACUUAAACGAUCCUAUCAAUAAACAGGAAGACUCAGAAAGUCAACAACAGCCACCACUUUUAAAAAUUCUUUUCGCUAUUAUUGCUGUUUGUACAUGUUACAUUGACUUGAUCUUUCCUAAAUCCAGUUCAGCUUCAAAGGUAGAAAGCUUAGCCCAAACAGCCAGCGCAACUGCGUCUGCCGUGAUUUCUUCUGCUACUGGUAGUAACUAA